AUGAAGGACGCGAAGAAGCGCACAGAGGAGCCUCUCUCCGUGGAAGAGGAUCUCAAGAUGGACGGCCCCUUUGACCAGGAGAAUAGCGAGGAUAGAAAUUUUGCAAACAUUGCCAACAUAGCAACCAUAGACUUUGCUAAUCUCGAGAAGGAGUUCAAAAGUAUUUACAAAUGCCCGUCGGAGGAGCUCUCACCAUCACUCAGUGAGUCGAAUGAGGUGAACAAGGCAAACGUAUCCCACGAUGAUGAUUACUUUUGUAGGAAGGCUCAGGACAGGGUCCAAGUGAUGGUCAAGCAGCCAAGUGAGAACACGCUACACACACAGCGUGGUGGAUUACAUACCGAAAGUUCAAUCGGAAGAGCCAUUUCAAAGGGGGCAGGAAAACUACGUCCUGAUGAAUAUGGAUGUACGCUACCAGCCCAAUUUGAGAGAAGCGGACCGACGGGGAUAAGCAGCCAGGAUAAUUUCCCUUCGACCAAUUCCAUUGAGCAAAUUUUAAAGAGCAUCCAGGAGGACACCAUUUUAGGGACAGACAGAGGGGAAAAUGGCCACUCCGGUGGGUGUAGCUCGAAUGCUAGAGCAGGUCACGUGGAUGCGGUAGACCCAGUGAAGACUAUUCACCCAGUGAGGGGUUCUCACCCCACGAAUGUUGCACAGGCCGUAUCACCAACUGCUUCACGAACCGCUUCUCAAACCGCUUCUCCUGCGUCUUCCUCCGCUCCGCCUUCCCAUAUGUGCCGCCUCUGGUAUGACAACAAACCCUUUGUGUACCGCUGGGAGCGUGGCAUGAAAAGGAAGGAGGUACAGCGAUGCUUACACAACUUUUGUAUUAACAUCGCCAAUGAGGAUUUUUAUCUCGCACGUGUGGAGAGACUCAGCGAAGAUAACCUCUUCAAGGAGAAACAAAAAAAUAUACAAAAAAUAAUACUCAAAGGAAACAUCCAUGUGUAUUACAAAAUUUGUGAACGAUAUGAACAACAUGCAUUGGGAGAUGUUGAACCAAAUGAGGAAUACCUAAUAAAGAGGAAGAAGCAGGUGCAGGAAAAACUCAUGAGCCCUCUGAACUUCCCAGAAGUGUUGAGAGCCAUAGAAUACACAAAGGAAGGAAGCAACCUACUCAAGCAUACCGUCUAUAGCAUUCCUCACUUACGUUUCUUCUUUGUAAGUAAGGAUUUAAAUUUUAUUAAAUGGUUUUCGUCCAGGAAGACAGAUGAACAAUGCAAGAUUUACUUCACAACGAUCAACAGUCUUGAGGUCAAGUUGGUGCAUGAAGACAUGCUAGAAAAUUUGAAGGUAGAUAUUUUGAAGAGAUUAUCCUUUUCCAUUGUGUACAUGAAUGAAAAAAAAAAGGUAACCCUUACUUGUAAAAGUUUGCAGGAGUUUAAUUACUGGGUCACCACCAUCAGGGCUCUCAUGUUCCGCGCGAAGAGGAUGAAGACCACUCGCAGCGUCUUGCUGUCUCAUGUGAGUGCAGGACACUCAGAUGAAAGGGCAAGAGGGAAAAACACAAUUACACGUGAGUGGUCAAAUACCAUUGGACAUUAUACAGGAGCUGAUUUUGACGUGGGAAGGAUCGAUCAGCGAGAGGUCAACUCGUGUGGAUCGUCCACACCCUAUGAAAUUUCUAGACCCUAUGAAAUGUCUAGACCCUAUGAAAUGUCUAGACCAUAUGGACAAUCGAGACCCUGUGGUAAAUGUAAACCCUGUGGAAUUUCUGCACCCUGUAAAUUUGCUAUACCUUGUGGAGACCAGGACCCUUCGAAAUGGCCCCCUCAUCACGGGGAAGCCAAAUCCAACAAGCUAUUCGAAUUUAAAGGAGAAAAAAAUGUUUCAACGAAGAAGGAAGUGAACACAGAAGAGGAGAUGUGCUCCCUUGAAUCAUUUCAUCUAUAUAAACUUAUAGUCUUCCCGGAAUAUAACCUCUAUCAGAUAAAGACCAAAUUUUAUCUCCUCAAGGAAAAGGCAUACAAGUACAGGGUUUUAAUUGAAAAGGAGAUUGACGAGUACCAAAUGGAUAUCGACUUGGGGGGUGGGGCUGCUUGUAGUAGUGGUGGUGGUGGUGGUGGUUUAGGGCAGAUUGGCCACCACGAAGGGGGAGGCAUUGAUCGUCUUGGCAAUGAGAGCGACCCCCCAGAGGAAGAUACCGACCCAGAGAGUGCCCCAACAACACACAGAAAAUCCCCCCCCAUUUACCACUGCACGGUUAGAGGCAAAAUGAGGGGUAAUAAGGAAGGGAAGCAGAACCCAGUCACAAGGAGCAGGAGGAGGAGAAGGAGGGGUCUUCUCUCCGAUGAGAAGCAAAACGAAACCUGCUCCAGUAGCUCCUCCCCCCAUGUCACCCUGCCAGAAGUAUAUACACUUAACAAGGAAACAAAUUUAAACAUUCGCGAUGAUGGCAAGGUAGCCAAGAGAAUGACACACAACAUGGCAGGAGGAGCGGGACGUCGCAGAGGAGCAGGAAGAGGAAGAGAAGGACUGGGAGAAGGAAGUUUCAACCCCAUGGAAGGGAACCAUGAAAGUGAACCUGAGGAAGACACAGACCAAUUUAAGCUACAACUAAUAGUAAAAAUAUAUAACCGCAUUGACAAGAAAAUUAAAAAGGUUCAAAAGGACAUUAUGCAUGUGGUGAAGGUGCUGAAGAAGGAGGAGUCGGAGCAGCAGCCGAGCCCAAAGGGGGGGAACAGCAUCGGGUUCUCCUUGGAACACAUUUGGAAGUGCACCACAGAUGUGUACAGAACGCUGGAGGGAAAGUUUUACAAAACGGGGGACGGUCGCUACGGGGGGGAUAACUACUACAUCCGAUCCAACGAUAUACACACGGAACAGCCAAGAGAUGAACACCCAAAGUAUGAGCAGCCAACAUGUGAACGGCCAACAUGUGAAAAGCGAAUGCCAGAACUGUUCAAACGGGAAGAACAAACCGAUUCGUGUCCGCCAUACGAAUGGGACACGCAGAAUGAAAAGGACUCACCAGAGGGACACAAAAACGAGUCCAAAAAACUCAUGCACCACAUCCUGUUCGACAUGUGGCUGUGCGAAAUGGAACUCGGGAACAUCGAAGACAUUUACACCACCUAUGUUUACAACUCUAAGAGAAGAAAAAAUGUUAUGAACAAUAUGGAUGCCUCUGCCUUCGUGAAGAACAUCUCCCAGCAGAUCUCCAACACGAUACUGCGCUACAUGAACUUGUGA